GGGGACGCCUUGCUGGAGAAAUCUAAAGCCAUGCUUGAGGUACGGGGGAAUAUCCCCAAUUCUUUUUGCGCUUCGACACGAGAUAAACUUGGGAGAUUCAGGAUAUCACACAACUGGACACGCAUUUAGCUCGAUCGGACGAGGAAUUAGGCAGACUGCUCAACAAUCAUGCGCAGAUGAUCACGGGGCUUAUGAGGACCGUCAGCGACCUGUAUGAGCAUCAAGUUGACAUGUUGUCGAGCACGACCGAUGGCCUGGCAGACUUGAACCAAACAAUGUCCCGCAACCUCGCCAUCCAAUCCACAAUGCACGCGAACCUCCUCUCCUUCCAGGACUCCCAUGACACAUUUGCCCACGCCCUAAACACUUCCUUCGCCCGCGCGGAAUCCAACCUGGAGACGCUAUCGACGCGGUCGGCGAAACAGAUCGAGGCGUUGUUGGACGCGAGUGAGGUGGCGAAUGAGCGGUGGAGGGAGGUGACGGGCGUUUUGAGGCCUUUUGCGGGGUUGCUUGGGGUUUUGCAUGGGAAGGUUAGGGACGCGAUGGUGUAUCUCGCAAUCAUCGGCACCACACUCCUCGCGCUGCUGGUCUCAGCUAUCAUACCCUCGCGCCAAAAACGCGUAUUACCUUUCGUUCUCGGUAAGUUUCCGUUUCCCGCGCGGAUAAUGUCCACUUUCUCCUUCGAUAACCCUUUCACCGAUUCAAAGUCGGAGCAUUCACAUGCACCCUUGCGACGAUGCUGCCAAACCACGUCGGCGACACCCUUGGAGUAACGCCUGCACUCACCAUCCACAUGCUUCUCCUAAUUGCGCUCUUUCGACCCAUGGGAGGCGGCAGGCGUAAGGACCGGCCUGAUGAUGAGUAUACAGACGC